CAGUCUCUCCAGCCACUCACACACUCACACACACACACACCGAGCUGCCGUCUGCAGUGGCUGGUACAGUCAGAGCCUCCAGCCUUCCUGGGAUUUGUGAAGCCGUCCCUCGGAGCCUCGGUCCCGGUGUCUCGGUCCCGGUGUUUCUCUCCCGGUGUCUCGGUCCCGGUGUCUCGGUCCCGGUGUUUCUCUCCCGUGUUGCCCGGCGGACCGACGAUGGAGCCCAGAGUGUGGCUGUCGCUCUGCGCGCUGCUGCUGGCUCACGGCGGAGCCGCUGCUGACGAUGACGUCCGAGCUGCUGCCUCCUCCUCCUCCUCCGCUUCUGAAAACGAGGCCCUCCUGGCCCCCGAGGUCCCUGAAGCCCCCGUGGCCCCCAAGGUCCCUGAAGCCCCCGUGGCCCCAGAGGUCCCUGAAGCCCCCGAGGUACCUGAAGCCCCCGAGGUCCCUGAAGCCCCCGUGGCCCCCGAGGUCCCUGAAGCCCCCGAGGCCCCUGAAGCCCCCGAGGUACCUGAAGCCCCCGUGGCCCCCGAGGUCCCUGAAGCCCCCGAGGUACCUGAAGCCCCCGUGGCCCCCGAGGUCCCUGAAGCCCCCAAGGUACCUGAAGCCCCCAAGGUACCUGAAGCCCCCGUGGCCCCCGAGGUACCUGAAGCCCCCGUGGCCCCUGAGGUCCCUGAAGCCCCCGAGUUCCCUGAAGCCCCCGUGGCCCCUGAGGUCCCUGAAGCCCCCGUGGCUCCAGAGACCCCCGAGGUCGGGUCCAGCCUGGAGCUCACCACUCACGAUGCCGCCGCACCGUCGCCGGGUGGCUCCGACGGUCCGAGCGGCAACGCCGCGGCAGAAGGAGAAGCCGCCCCCGAGGCCCCCGAGGACCCCGAGCUGAAGACAGAUACGGACGUUGUCUCUCCCGCGGAGGCCGACGGCGAGCACGAGACGUCCCGGCCUCUGGCUCCUCCUCCCCCGACCUCCCACAGCCACAGCCACACAACCCCCACCCCCACCACCACCACCAUUAACACCAUCACCGCCAUUAACACCGCCGCCGCCACCCCUGGCCCCACCCACACGACUCACACCGCCACCACCGCCACCACCGCGGCGGGCACACCGACCGCCGCCACCACCACCCAUCCCGCGGCGGCGCUGCCCGACCCCGUGACACCGUCAGACGAGCCCGCUCUCAACACCACCCUCCCAUCCCCCGCCGUCCAAACAGCUGAGCCGGCAAGAGCCGAAACCACCGCCACCGCCAUCGGCCGCUCGACGUCCGGCGCCGGCUCCUCUCCUCCCGGGUCCACCUCCGCCCAGCCGGGGCCCGCCACCACCACCACCACCACCACCACCACCCUCGGCCCUCAGAGCAGCCCCUCCGCCCAGGCCAAGCCCCGCGCCGACAACCCGUCCCAGCUCAACGUCGGCGACGACCCGACGAUGGUCCACGACCCGCCCACGUUGGACCCCCUGCUGGCCGGCCUGGUGUCGGCCUUUAUCAUCACCGCCGUCAUCAUCACUCUGCUCCUCUUCAUCAAGCUGCGGCAGAGAGACAACCGGCCGGAGUUCCGCCGGCUGCAGGACCUCCCCAUGGACGACAUGAUGGAGGACACGCCCUUGUCCAUGUACAGCUACUGACGGAGGCCCGGACACCCUCCUUGUUCAACCCCUCCUCCUUUCCUUACACCUGCACCCCGAAAAACACGGUGCAUGCUGGGUAGGCGUGAGCGACCUCCUCCAGACCCCUCGACACGUAGGAGAAAAAAAGACACGACAAGAGACACCGAAGACGUCGCUUUGAGCCGAGCGUCGAUCCACAGAGAAGAAGCCCCGCGUUGAACAGCGUCACAUGACACGCCCAUAUUUGGGUGGUUGGAGUUGCGUAAUAAUAAUGUGUUGAAAGAAAAAGGCGGUUCACACCUGGACGCCCGAGGGUCGAAUUCAGUGUUAAGAAGCCAAGAGAAAAGAAAUAUGAUUCAGAAUAAGAAUAAUUAUAGUGUAAAAAAAAAGUUGCACUUUAUUUUUUUUUCAGGAUUGGAAAAAAAAUGUUUUCGUGUGAGAGAUAAGAAAAAAAGAAAAAGAAGAAGCAUAGCAGUGAGUGUGUUUGCAGGUGUGUGUGUGGGUGUGUUUGCAGGUGUGUUUGCAGGUGUGUGUGUGGGAGUGUGUGGGUGUGUUUGAAAGUGUGUGUGUGUGAGUGUGUGGAUGUUUGAAGGUGUGUGUGAGUGUGUGUGGGUGUGUGGAGGCGUGGCAGGGGAGAUUUCAUUAUUUCCCCAUUUUUCUUUCUCCAUAUUUUGUUUUGAAGGUCCUGCUGGCUUUUGACCUGAUUUUGAUAUGUGCAGUGUGUGUUUUGUUGUCAUUUUUUUCUUCUUCCUGGAGUCUUGUGUCCAUGAAAGAGUGCCUUACAGUGUUGGAACAGCUCUUCAUUGCAAACUCUAUUUAUAUUCAAACUAACUUUCAGCUUUCCCAGUCAUUCCCAGUGUCUCUCUCUCUCUCUCUCUCUCUCUCUCAUAUACUACUGAUGAUUGCCUCACAGACAGCUCGUCAUCCUCGUCGAAUGGAAGACAUUACACGGACCGACAGGAUCUCAUUGAUUAGAAUAUAAUGUCCAGGACGAGCGCCGAGGAGAUGACACUUAAUAAUAUAAAUAUAUAUAUAUAUAUAAUAUUUCAUCUUUGUGCCAUGAACGAGUCCAGAUGGAGAGCGAGUGAAUCCCCGUUAAACGUUCCUAAAAACAUCUCCAGAGCUCGUUCCUCGAUGACACAAGUCUCGACUGGAGGAAGAGGAGGGAGAGAUACUUCAUCACUUCCUGUUGUCCCCGUCUGAAAGUCCAGCUCUAAAUUAUACUCUUGAUAUUUCUGCGUUUAAGAGUUUAAGUAAUGUUCUGUGAGUGUUCCUGAUGCGUUGAGGUUCAUGGACGGUUGGUGUUCUGUGAUUAAAGGUAUUUUGAAAUCAUC